AUGGUCUUUUAUUUUGUCCACAAAGACGCAGUUGACGAAGCAAGAAUAAUGCCCGAUACUCACGGGACGGUAGAAAAAUAUCGCUGGAUACUUCACUGUCUGCGGGAUGCAGUCUUUCCUAGUGCUAAAGACAGCAACAGCAGCACUCCUCUUUUUCCAAGUGUAUCGAUCACUAAUAACGAGCAAUCAUUGAGAAAUACAAUUACUCAUGCUUUCCCUGAGUCAAAACAAUUUGUGCCAGCAAUUAAGGAAGACAAAAACGGCGAAAAGAGAGGUUUCUUGGAGAAGUUGGCUGGUUACUUGGACAUAUUUGCUUUUGGGGAACAUUGCAUAGACAGGAAAAAAAUUACCGAUGCUUUCCUUGAAAGAUACCUUUAUUUUGGUAAUUGCACCUCUAACUGUGCAGAGAGUGCACAAGCUUCUCUUAAACAUUCUCUUGGUACUUCCUCAGGUAAACUGAAGACGGUGGCCUUGAAAGUUAAAAUAUGGUACGAGGAGUUUGUCGAUGACUGCAAGCGCAGAUUGACGGUGGAGUACAUUAGAGGGAGCACAAACGUUGCUUUGAACAAAAUAAAGAGUGCAAGUCUUACUGAGAUCCGUUACAGAAUUAGCAGAUAUGAAAUAGACAAAAUCAAGCUAAAGCUUUCAAAAUCGAUCAUACCAGAAAAUACGAAAAAAAGAGUGCCAUUGGCUCAUCCAAUACAACUACUUGCUUCCCUGCUCCCACGCACUUACCAAUUUGAUAUAAUUGCAAUCCCCUGCAUCCAAAGACGCUGA